AAUUACAAGUCUCCUUUUGCAUUGAAUUACCAUGACUGUUGGCUGCUUGAAUGAAAAAAGAAGUAAGGAGGCAUCCAUCGUUCUUUCGCUGUGUUUCUCCUCGUCUGGUUUAGCAGCUGUAACAGGAAACGCAGUUGUGUUAUGGUUGUUCUUCAGAAAUGAGUCUUUACGUACAAUUUCCAACCGAUUCCUAGCCUCGUUGUCUGUAGCAGACUUUUUAGUUGGACUUGUAAUAGACCCUAUUUGGAUCACCUUUAGAUGUCUGAUCCAGCCGUCAAAUGUGACCCAAGCCGCCUUGAAUAAGUUUAUGGACAUGUUGUGGAUUCACACUACCGCUGCUACAACGCUUAACCUAUGCUGUGUUUCCGUGGAUCGCUUCAUAGCCAUUCGGUUUCCUUUCCGUUAUCAGGACAUUUUAACCAAGAAGACAUGUCAUAGCCUCAUUGCCGUGGUGUGGUUUACAUCAUUGCUUCUUCUUUGUCCGGUCAUUUUUGUAAAUGCUGAAAACUUGUGGUCAUUCGUAUCGCUUGUCACAUUUUGCAUCCCCACAACUGUCAUGGCGGUAUGCUACUUUUGGAUUUUCAAGGCCGCAAGCAAUCAAGCCCGAAGAAUGACGGGGGGAAAUAAGCAUCGUGCGGACGAAAGACGAAGUACUUUUCCAAGCCGUAUAAUACAAAAUUUUAAAGCUAUCAAAACCAUAGGUUUCGUGUUGGGUGUCUUUGUCGUUUCUUGGAUGCCUUGCCUUGCCCUAUCCAUUGUGCACGAGUUUUCUGCGAGUAAUCCGUGCACCGAUGAAAAGUUGUAUAAUGUUGCAUGGCCAUGGAUUGAGGCAGUCGCGCUUUCAUCGUCAGCCAUCAACCCAUGGGUUUAUUUUUUCCGUAAUGGCGAAUUUCGUCAGGCUUUGCAUCGCAGUAUUCGAAGGUAACCCGAAAAAUCUGAUCGCCUACCGUGCAAAAUAUUAACAGGAUGACGGGCGUGGUUAGACUGCACUUUUAAAUUCGCCACAAGUUCGCCAGCAAUUGGCGUUAACUAUGAUCGCGUGUGCGAGUGGCAUUGUUCAUUUAGGGAAAGAAAUUUUUUUAGGAUCUCUUUUUGUGUUAGUUUCUUCGUAUCACCGCUUUGGUGGUGUUUUUGCUGAUCAUUUCUCGAGUAGUUUUUCUUUAUAACCGCUCGUAAACCCGUACAACGUAUUGGGGCUACCCCCAUACUUUAAGUUCAAGAUUAUCCCCAGCACCGCACCAUUUCCUCAACGAAAGGAAUAAUGAAGGUAUAAUGAUGAAAAUGAAGAUUAGACUUACACCAGUUGUCUUGAUGGAUCGCUUGUUCCUAUCCAAGGUAGCUGUUACACAAUGGUGACGGAAAGGGAAGGGACAAUUUAAGUGCGAAGAUUCGGUCGUUUUCUUUAUUUUCGCCAGUCAAGCAGGAUCCUUACUCCCGUGUAGUUCCCAUUGUCUCUCUGUUGUCAGAACUUCAUCUCCAUC